GAUGCGUGACGAUGAUCGACUUUGAACUGAACUGAGAGUUCAGUUAACCUCUGCUGGUCAGCGAGGUGUUCAGCCUUUUCUUAUUAUUGGCUUCUAUGGCCUACUUCACAAGACCUAGUUCUGCUUCAGCAGCUGUAAAGAUUGUUAAACCAAAUACCCCAGACGAAUCUUCCUCUGUUCAACUAUCCGCUCGGAAAGAUUCCGUUCAACGCCAAUGUAGAAAUGUAUUGAUUUAUGGUUAUUGUAAAUUCGAAGACAAGGGCUGUGUAUACUACCAUCCUAUGUCAGAGGUCCCUCACCAACCAACACUGACAGAAUCGCCCGGCACAGUCUCUUCUAUCUCAGCACAAGCGGUCAAUGCACCAGUCUUUAUUCCCAAAUCAUCGGCCAUUAAUCCCAUGUCAUCACCUUCGCCCAGUCCUCCUGAAUAUCGAACAAUCCAGGAGCAAUAUGGGUAUGAGUCGGGAAACGGUGGAGUAGGGGAGACAUCCAUUCAAACGGAUGCUGAAUUUGACGACUAUCCUGUACAUCAAGACAUGUCUUUUUACGCUGCCUCCGGUCAAUUCCUUAUACGUGAACCGCUGGAUUAUCAUCUUUAUACUUCCACUAUCCCACCUUCCUUUGUUUCCUCUUCUACUGGCUGUCACUUUGUACCUCCAUCAUCUGAACUACGAGAACUUCUCCAAGCCCGUAGUGAAGAAGUUCGCGGUGCACCACCAGUUGGCCAAGGGCUUUCCGAGGAGAUUCAAGGAUAUCACACCUUGACACCUCUCAAUACUACCAAUUCAUCAGACAAAAGAAAGCUGUUUAACUGGUCUUUCGUGGUCUAUCGAGCCAUCCAUAGGUCGGAUGGCAUACCCUACGCUCUCCUUCGGGUUGAAAACUUUCGAUUAAUGCAACAAGCCGCUUUCAAUUCAAUUGAAGCUUGGUCUAAGAUUCGACAUCCUAACAUUGUUUCCGUUCACGAAGCGUUCACAACCCGGUCCUUCAAUGAUAACUCACUCGUCGUCGCGUAUUCCUAUUAUGCACAGGCUGAGACUUUGUAUGAUGCACAUAUGAAACCCAAGUUAUCAUAUCAAGGCAACUAUCAAGGACAUCCGCAACAGCCACCUCCGUUGGUGGCCAUCCCUGAACGCGUACUGUGGUCAUACAUCAUUCAGAUUGCCUCCGCAAUCAUGAGGGUACACGAAGCUGGAAUGGCCGUGAGAACAAUCGAUGCCACUAAGAUAUUGUUAACAGGAAAGAAUCGAAUCCGAAUCAGCUCAUGUGGUGUGAUAGACGUCUUGCUGUAUGAAACUCCUCAGGACGUCCACUAUCUGCAACAAGAAGAUCUGUCCCAAUUCGGCCGCCUGGUUUUUGCGCUUGCUUGCAACAAUUCCAACGCCGCUGCUACCACUAAUUUUCAAAAGAGUCUGGACCACAUGAGUCGAAUGUAUAGCCACGAUAUCAAAACCGCUGCUCUAUUUUUGAUCAGCAAGAGUACCCCUCACAAGGUCAAGAAUAUCAGUCGGUUGUACGAAAUCAUUGGGAGCCGUAUUACCACGGAACUCGAUGAUGCCCUUGAAGCUACCGAUCGUUUAGAACACGAGCUCACAGGAGAGCUAGAAAACGCUCGAUUAUUCAGGUUGAUGUGCAAGUUCAAUUUCAUCAACGAACGGCCUGAGUUCGCACUCGAUCCAAGGUGGUCCGAGACUGGGGAUCGAUACAUUGUCAAACUAUUCAGGGACUACGUUUUCCACCAAGUCGAUGAGCAUGGCAAUCCGGUGACGAAUCUAUCUCACGUUCUUACCUGUCUUAACAAGCUCGAUGCUGGAAGCCAUGAAAAAAUUAUGCUAGUUGCACGCGAUGAACAAAGCUGUCUCGUCGUCAGUUAUCGAGAUAUUAAGGCUUGUAUGGAGUCUGCGUUUCACGAAUUGGCCCGUCCUUCAGGUUCUUCGGUCUCGAGAUGAUUGGACUGAAAACUAUGCAUGUGCCUUCCUAGGCGUUGUUUUUUUUUUCCUUCUUAGGGACACGAAAAACUAGUUAGAAUUAGAAAAAGAUUCGAAAAAUGAAUGAAAAACGUUUCUGACCUUCCA